CACAUUCCACCAGCACUCACUGCACGCGAGUCUACCCUUCCUCUGUUUGUGCUGGUCUGUGGCGGCACUUUGACUUUGUUUCUAUCACACCUCAACCUGCAUUACAGAGGGUCUUCAUAUUCAUUGACGAGCUAGACGCGAUUCUCCUGCGGUUGUGAACUUCCAAGCUUCAAGUCCAGGGUUUAUCGUGCUAAACGCUGCCACUUGACACCAAGUUGUUCAUUGCCUAUAAGCUAAGCCUGCGACAGUCGCAUACUCGCAUAACGCAUAUUAUGUCACAACCAGUGGACGCUUUGGUCGAGGAUCGUAUAUCACAGCUACAAGAAAUAUCGCAACGGAGACAGCAGCUUCUCCAAGAAAUGUACCACUUGAUGCAAAGAAGAGACGACGCUGGAGCAGCUCUGGCCUUUGAACAAGAUGAUAGCGAAGGGCUGGGCAUGUUCCUAGAGAGAUUUGACCUGGAAAAGCACCCGGACACGGGACACAUCUCCGACCUAUCCGAGGCUGAACUGCUUGGCUCCCUGAACUCGCAGUACGGCGAAGGCUCGACCAGCGACAAGGCUUCUCCGCCCGACGCUACAUUGGAAUCUCCCAUGUCUGAAGUACCUGCUUCUCCCAAGUCGACUCACGAGGAUGGGACUCCGGAGGUGGAGCAGUUGCCAGCCGCGUCAACUAGUGACAUGGAUGUUGAAGAGAUGAGCACGCAAGAUCGAUCCAGUCCUUCACGUGCCAGUACUUUCAAGGAGGAAUUGGGCUCCGAUGACAUAUUGAUACUGGAGGCGCAGCCGCAGAGAGGCAUCAAGCGAAGAAGGUCCAUGCGCUAUUCUUCAGACGAUGGUGACGAAGACCGAGAUGAGCUGGACUUGCUGUCGUCUUCGCCUUCACGUCGAUCACGUUUCACGACUAGAACCCGAUCAGCGACUCAGGAGGAAUCUCACCUUCGUCUUAACGUCCCGUAUGGUACUCCGUCUCCCCCACCCGAAUCUCAAGAACUUCGUUCCAAGGUCGAGCUAGUCUCUCCCAACAGUGAGAUGUUCGAGGAUGGGCUCACGUUGGACACUAGCCUAGAAAUUCCGGUGUCCCAGGACAGCAGUGAGCAGACCGUAGAUCACCUCUUGCAACCAUAUUCUCCUCCUGCAUCUGUUCUACCUACUGUCGUCGCUGAUCUUCAUCGACGCCGUGAGUAUCUCAUGUCGGUACCGUCGCCGCUGAAAGCUGUGGAGUUCAACUUUGAGACCGAUACCGAGCCUCUCGAGGAGCCGAUGGCUCCUACCACUCCAGAAAAAGUCUUGCCACCUCCGGAUUUUGUCCAUUUCCACCCUGCUUAUACCUUGCCUCCUUUGAGUUCUCUUCCGCCUGAAUUCAAUCGCAAGAGCAAGUCAGGUCGGCAUUCAAAGAAGCGAGAAAAGGAGAAGGAGAAGGUCGAGAAGGGAGACAACAAGAAAGAGGAAUGGGUUCCCAUGGGCAUCAACAAAUGGGGUGCUGUUGUUCGUGCCAAUCCUGUUUGGAAGAAGCUCUCCAAAGCUUCUAAGUGCCUCAACAGUCGCGACUGGAAUAUCGGCAUGACUGAGCUUCGUUUCAUCCGCACACUGGAUCGUGUAGAGAUGUUGAAGGAAGGCGGAUGGAGUUUCAGACAACCGAAGAAGCACAGAGCUAAUCACAUGGCGAAAACUCAUUGGGAUUACCUCAUGGACGAGAUGAAAUGGAUGCGGAUCGAUUUCCGUGAAGAACGGAGAUGGAAGAUCGCGCUAGCCUUCACUCUCGCACACUCAGUUAUGGAUUGGCAUCGAGCGGGUUCGCUGGAGGAAAGGGUGCGGAGGGGCAUUUGUGUUUUGUGGAAACCGCCACUGCCUGAAGAGGAAUCCGAAGAAAUCGACCAGACGUCAGGCCCCUUGGAAGACGUUGAGAUCCCAGAUAUGGAUGACGAUCGUGGAGAAGAUUCCAGAGAGACGACCACGCCUGCAAACGAGUAUGCUUCGGAUGAUGAAAGCGAUGAGGAGACAGAGAAAGAGCAGCGCGACAUCUUUGAUGCCCUUGCACCGUCGAUCGUAAUCGAGGAUGCAUUCAGUACGCCGCAGGCACCCCCCGCAGGCGACAACGAUAAUCUCGAACGCAUUGAGCCGAAGCUAGAGGACGUGGAGGAUCUAUCUGCUCUGCGGAAUCCAAGUGAUUUGGAGCGAAGUGACACCAUGGAUGUGGACGAGAAGGAAGGCAUCUCCCAAGCUGGAGACAAUAAUCUUUCCGAGCUCAAGGCAGAGGAGCAGGGUGCAACUGACCUGUCUGGGCUCAACGAUCGUUCCCAGAAUCCGAUGCUCGUCAACCUAAGUGCUCACGUACCAGACAAUCAUGUGCAUUCGCCCUCGAAGCACAAGUUCAAGUCUACCCUCUAUGCUCCGUUGCGUGAACAGCUUAUCUAUUCUGACGUUGGGAAACUGUUUGUGGAUUCGGACGAUCUGGACUUGGCUAAAGGCAUGUCGGAGCUCACAGCAGAUGACCAUCUGCAUCAUGCACAUCCCCCAUUGCCGGACCUGUCGUCCAUCUUUCCAGACCUGGUCCCAUUUGGCCUUGUCGACCCUGCCUCCGGUUCGUCUAUCGCUGAAGGCAAGAAGAAGUCGGACAAGAAGAGCGAGAAGGACGAUCCGACUAAGAGAGUCGAGGACGUCGCUUGCAGCAAGCUUGUGCCGCUAUCCGAGUUCAUGUAUGUAAAGCCUACCCUUCUCAGCGCUUUGCAGCCAUCCCGGCAUUGGCAAGAAGACCAUUGGGAUAAUCGUGAAGACUUCCCCGUUUUUGUGGAGCUUGAAGGUCCAUCGACACGAACGGUUGAUGAAAAUCUGCUUGGUCUCUUUGACGGCACCAAAUCAGGCUCUCCUUCAACGCAUAUACAACAAUUGCCGACAGUCAGCAGGGAAAUUCGCAAGCGUGUGGCUGAGCAAGUGUGGACACCGUACGAGGAUAACAUGCUGAAGCAAUUAGCAGAACGAUAUCCCAACAACUGGCGAUUGAUUGCAGAUGCUUUCAAGUCAUCGAGGGUAACCAUCAAAACGGACGAGCGAAGUCCUAUUGAUUGCUAUGAACGCUGGAAUGUACGAUGGGGCGGCGGCCGGGCCCCCGAAGAGGACCAUCAGCCACAGGUCGUCGCAACUCCUACUCAGAUGACAACUAGAGGUCACAAGCGCUCAGCAAAUGCCAACGUUGCUCUGGCAAAUGCUACAGUUCCUCCCCCGCCAAUCCUGCCGCCGGUACCGAAGAAACAGCGUAGACAUACUCUCAUGUUUGAAGCUAUACGGAAGGCGAUGAAAAAGAAAGAAGCAGCUUACAAGGCCAAUGUGGCCCAGCGUAAGCCGUCAAUUGUCCACGACACUCAUAGUUCGGUCAAUUCGCUGCCCAAAAUGACCCCGGCGGAGUUGAGUCGUAAGAAGGCCGAGAAGGAGGCAGCAGCAAAUCAGGAGGCCCUAGUCAGGAAAAGGGAGGCUGAUCUCGCGAGACAAACACAGUAUAUACGGGAACAAGCACAAAGACAACAGGGUCAAUUACUUCAGCAACCACAUCCGCAACAACCACAGCCGCAACAGGCUCAGCAAACUCAGCAGCAGCUUCAACAGAUCCAAAGUGCCUUGGCAAGACCAGUUGGCACUAAUCUAGCGCAGGCCCAGAUACCUCAGAUUCGAAGUCAGGUUGGUAUAUCUCAACAGCAGCAGAGGUUGUCCAAUCCGAUGGCUCUGGCGAACACGCGUAUCUCACCGACACAGAUGAUGCAGGCGCAAGCCCAGGCUCAAGCCCGAGCUCUUGCUCAUGCCCAAGCGCAGGCAGCCUCGAGCGCCUUGAGCGCGUCAGCGAUGAAUGGCAACCAUUUGUCUCCUCCGUAUGCUGCCCGUGCUGCGAGCUCAUCGCCUGGUCUUCCUCAUCAAUCCCCGCCUCUCUCGUCCGGCACGCCGGUGAACGCAGCGAACUCGCCACGGCCACAGUCGACGCAGCCGCAUAUGGGUGUCGCGGGAGUGGCGCAGAACGUCGCCGGUAUCCCUCGCCAGGCUGGCAUGGGUUUCUACCACAUACCUCAGCUGCAUGGCACGCAGUUUGCUACGGAGCAGACUGCUGAACAAGUUAUGCAGCUGCAAAAUCUGGUCAGGUUGCAGCAGGCACAGCGAAAUGUGGCCAACCACGGCCAGAACCCUGUUAACGGCUCAUACUCCCAGUCGUGAUCUGCACACCAUAAUAUUGACACAUUGCAUCGUCGCAUAUGAUCUUUCUGCAAUUCUUGUCUGGGACCGUCGUGCAUGUAUCUAUUAGUUUCGUAACGCAUGUGAUUGUCC